CUCCAAAAGGAUGCUGUGAGAUAUCUGGAAGAUCACCCAUGACAUUUUCAACGUACUGUGCGGUUGAAGGCCGAAAGAUAAACACAAAGCAAGAAAGCAUGGACAUGAGAAACUUGGAAUAGGAGAAAUGGAAAGCAGCAUGUGCCUUAGCAGUGCAAUUUUGUCUCUGUGUUUGUCAUGUAUGUGGUUGGGAGUAGUGCCUUCCAUUUCUGGUGCACAGACAGACACCAUCAAACCUGGGGAAGAGCUUCAAUUCUCGAAAAAAUUACUGGUUUCUGCAAAAGGGACUUUUACUCUAGGCUUCUUCAGCCUGGAAUCUGGCAGUUAUUUAGGAAUAUGGUACACAACUGAUGAUUAUCACAAGAAAGUUUGGGUUGCUAACAGAGACAAGGCUAUAUCCGGCACCGAUGCAAAUCUCACGCUGGAUGCUGAUGGCAAAUUGAUGAUCACGCAUAGUGGGGGUGAUCCAAUUGUCCUGAAUUCCAAUCAAGCAGCCAGAAACUCAACAGCUACUCUGCUUGAUUCUGGAAAUUUUGUUUUGGAAGAGUUCAAUUCGGAUGGAUCUCUGAAGGAGAAACUAUGGGCGAGUUUCGAUAAUCCUACAGACACCCUCCUGCCUGGGAUGAAACUAGGCAUCAACUUGAAAACCAGGCGAAACUGGUCACUUGCUUCAUGGAUAAGCGAACAAGUGCCUGCUCCUGGGACUUUUACCCUGGAAUGGAAUGGCACACAAUUGGUGAUGAAACGCCGAGGGGGCACCUAUGAACCUUGAAAGAUAGGAGCUUUGAGUUCAUUCCUUGGUUGAUGAGCUCUGAUACUUUCAAUAACAUCUACAGUUUUAACAGUGUUUCGAAUGCAAACGAGAUUUACUUUAGCUAUUCAGUUCCAGAAGGAGUUGUUUCAGACUGGGUAUUGACCUCGGAAGGGGGACUUUUUUACACUAGUAGACCUGUAUUUGUGCUGGACGAUCAGUGCGCUAGGUAUGAAGAAUAUCCAGGGUGUGCAGUGCAAAACCCACCCACUUGCAGGACUAGAAAAGACGGAUUCAUGAAGCAAUCGGUUCUCAUAUCAGGAUCACCAUCAUCAAUAAAAGAAAAAUCGAGCUUGGGCCUUAGGGAUUGUAAGGCUUUAUGCUGGAAUGAUUGUUCUUGUACUGCUUAUAAUAGUUUAUACACUAACGGAACUGGAUGUCGGUUUUGGAGUACAAAAUUUGCACUAGUCCUCAAGGAUGACGCAAAUCAGGAGGAGCUCUAUGUUUUAUCCUCAUCACGAGUUACGGGGAGCAGUUGGUGGAUAUGGGUCAUUAUUGCAGGAGUGGUACUUGUGGUCUUGUUGGUACUUGUGGUCUUGUUACUUACGGGCUCCUUAUACUAUUCAAGGAGAAAAUUCAGAGGGGAGAGAGAAAUGGAGGAAGCUGCGCUGCUUGAAUUGACAACUUCAAACAGCUUUAGUGAUUCAAAAGAUGUUGAACAUGAUGGAAAGAGGGGGGCUCAUGAUCUUAAACUGUUCAGUUUUGAUUCUAUUGUGGCUGCCACGAAUAACUUUUCAUCUGAAAAUAAACUUGGAGAGGGUGGUUUUGGCCCGGUUUAUAAGGGGAAAUUACCUGAGGGGCAAGAAAUAGCAGUGAAGAGACUUUCAAGGGGCUCCAACCAAGGAUUGGUGGAGUUUAAAACUGAGAUUAGACUGAUCGUCAAACUCCAACACAUGAAUCUUGUUAGACUUUUGGGUUGCUACAUCAAGGGAGAAGAAAAGAUGUUAAUCUAUGAGUUCAUGCCCAACAAAAGCUUGGACUUAUUCCUCUUUGGUUUGAAUACUUCCCUUUUUUCUUCCUUUUAUCUGCAUGACUUUUCCUUAUGUUCUUACAUGUCAUCAUCCAACUAGACACUUCACAUGAAUUAAUUUUUUAAAACAUAUUUACCCCUAAA